UACUCUGAAACAGAGCCUAAACAACACAAACAAAAACAGAACAUCAUGGCAUGGACAAGAGGCGCCAUCAUAGGACGUGGCUCUUCAGCCACCGUCUACCUCGCCGCCUCUCACCACUCCUCCUCCAUCUCCGCCGUGAAGUCAGCUCCGCUGUCACAACCACAGUCACAACAACUCCAGAGAGAACAGAAAAUCCUCUCUUCUCUGUCCUCUCCCCACAUAGUCACCUACAAAGGUUGCGACAUCACAACGGAAAGAAACAAGGUUUACUACAAUCUCUUCAUGGAGUACAUGCCCUUCGGCACCCUCUCUCAGGCGAAUAGCCGCCUCGGUGAGGCGGCGAUCGCGGAGUACACACGGCAGAUUCUUCAGGGGCUGGAGUACUUGCAUUCAAACGGGGUGGUGCAUUGUGACAUUAAAGGUAGCAAUAUUUUGGUCGGUGAAGAUGAAGUUGUUAAAAUUGGAGACUUUGGGUGUGCUAAAUUCGCCGCAGAGUCUCCGGCGGCGCCGAUUGCCGGCACACCGAUGUUCAUGGCGCCGGAGGCGGCGCGAGGGGAGGCACAGGGGUAUGCUUGUGAUGUUUGGGCACUUGGGUGCACGGUGGUUGAAAUCGCAACCGGGUUCGCGCCGUGGACUAAUGUGGAAGACCCUGUCAAUGUUCUUUACCGUGUAGCUUACUCCGGCGAGUCGCCGGAGAUUCCUGGGUUUCUGUCGGAGCAAGCAAAGGAUUUCUUAGGGAAGUGUUUCAUGAGGAAUCCUAAGGAGAGGUGGAGUUGUGGUCAGCUUCUGAAGCAUCCAUUUCUUGCAGAAUUCAAUUCAGAUGGUAAGCAAGUUCAGGAAUCUGAUUCUCCAACCAGCAUUCUUGAGCAACGAUUUUGGAAUUCUGUGGAAGAUUCAGAUUCAUCAGAAGGUUUCUUCUUAGGCAAUUUGGGUCAGACAAGUAGUUUUGAGAAUGAGAAUUCGGCUGCUGAUAGGAUCAGAUGUCUUGCUGUGUGUUCUGGGAAUCCAAGAUGGGCAUGGAAUGGUGAUGAUGAGAAUUGGAUCACAACUAGAGGGAAUGAAACAGGUGUUUCAACUAGGGAUGAAGUUGAUUUGGAUGUUGAAUUGGAGAAAUGCAUUGUUAGUGGUAGAAUUAGUGGUUAUUUUUGUGAGGAUUAUAAGUGUAGGGAUGUUGUUAGUAUUGUAGAUGAUAAUUGUUUCAAUUUUGAGAAGGGCAUUGCUGAGAUGCUGCUUCCUUCAACAUUGGAUUUUUUAUGAUUCAAUUAAUUUGAAAAAUCUUCUUUUCUUA